GUAAGCAGAUGUUGGCUACAGCUCACAUUAAGGGGAAGUACAUAAUCACCACCCCGAUAGCCUCCCACUGUCCAUUUCUUGUCCAAGAACUUCCCCAAAAGUGUGGUUUCAAUUUUAUGGAAAGCCUUUGAAAUUGGCACAGUUUCCAAAAGUAUGUAGGAAAAAAAAAGUCUACCAGAGGUUUGGCCUCCAACUGUGAAAACAGACACUGCCUUUUCGAACUCCUCUCCUAGAUCUACUGACCAACACCCAGAAGAGAGAAUUUACAUUCUUUUAGAAUACGACAGGAAAAUGAAGACCCGGCUAAAAAUCAUAUUUGGCGUGGUUAUAUGUCUUUUGCUUUCCUUAUUACUUAUGUGUAUUGUACUGCUACCAUCAAGAGUUGUCAACACAGAUGAUGGUCCUAGAGCUCUUACCUUGGAAGAUUAUUUGAAUGGAAACUUCCAAUAUAAAACAUUUUUUCCAUAUUGGGUGUCAGACAAUGAAUAUCUUCACCAGUCUGCAGAGGAUGAUAUUGUCCUUUACAAUGUUGAAAUUAACUACGCAACCACCAUCAUGACAAACAGCACAAUGAAACAAGUUAAUGCUUCAAAUUAUGUGAUGUCAUCCGACAAAUAUUUCAUAGCUCUGGAAAGCAAUUAUUCAAAGCUGUGGAGAUACUCUUAUACAGCAUCAUAUCACAUUUAUGAUCUCAUAAAUGGUGGUUUUGUAACAGAAAAUCAGCUUCCACAUAAAAUUCAGUAUAUAUCCUGGUCACCCGUUGGACACAAAUUGGUAUAUGUAUAUCAGAAUAAUAUCUAUUUGAAACAAAGUCCUAGAGAGGCACCAGUUAAAAUAACUACUGAUGGAAAACAGAAUGAAAUAUUUAAUGGGAUUCCUGACUGGGUCUAUGAAGAGGAGAUGCUAGCAACAAAAUAUGCACUGUGGUGGUCUCCAAGUGGAAGAUAUUUAGCAUAUGUACAAUUUAAUGAUUCUGACAUACCAGUUAUUGAAUAUUCAUAUUUUGGUGAGGACCAGUAUCCUAGAAAAAUAACUAUCCCUUACCCAAAGGCUGGAGCUAAAAAUCCUACUGUUAAAGUGUUUAUUGUAGACACUAUUAACUCUGAAGCAUUUGGUCCUAAGGAGGUGCCAGUUCCUGCAAUCAUAGCAUCCAGUGAUCACUAUUUUACUUGGCUUACUUGGGUAACAGAUACUCGAAUCUGUGUGCAGUGGCUGAAGAGAAUACAGAAUUUUUCAGUCUUAGCUAUUUGUGACUUCAAAGAGCAUUCAAAUACUUGGGACUGUCCAGAGAAUCGACAGCACAUUGAAGAGAGUCAAACAGGAUGGGCGGGCGGAUUCUUUGUUUCUGCACCGUAUUUUACAUCAGACAGCAGUUCGUACUACAAAAUUUUUAGUGACAAAAAUGGUUAUAAACAUAUUCAUUACAUCAAUGGCUCUGUGGAGAAUGCAAUCCAAGUUACAAGUGGAGAAUGGGAGGCAAUAUACAUUUUCAGAGUAACAAAUGAUGCAAUUUUUUAUUCAAGCAAUGAAUUUGAAGGCUAUCCUGGAAGAAGGAAUAUUUACAAAAUCAGCAUUGGAAGUAAACCUAUGAGAAAACAAUGCAUUACCUGCAAUUUAAGGAAAGAGAGAUGUCAGUAUUAUACAGCAAGAUUCAGUGAACAUUCAAAGUAUUAUGCUUUGAUCUGUUAUGGUCCUGGGAUUCCCAUUUCUACUCUUUUUGAGAACCGUGGUGAUAGAGAGCUCAAAGUAUUGGAAGACAAUUGGGAAUUGCAGUCUGCUUUGCAAGAUAUCAGACUGCCAAAAGAAGAAAUUAAUAAGCUUGAAGUGGAUGGUAUAACUUUGUGGUACAAAAUGCUUCUACCUCCACAGUUUGAUAGAUCCAAGAAGUACCCUCUGCUUAUUCAGGUGUAUGGAGGACCUUGCACUCAGAAUGUAAAGGCAACCUUUAGCAUUAGCUGGAUAACCUAUCUUGCAAGCAAAGAGGGAAUUAUUGUUGCUCUGGUGGAUGGCAGAGGGACAGCUUAUCAAGGUGACAAGAUUUUGCAUGCAGUAUAUCGAAGACUCGGAGUCUAUGAAGUUGAGGACCAAAUCUCAGCCGUUAAAAAAUUUAUAGAAAUGGGCUUUAUUGAUGAGAAACGAAUAGCAAUAUGGGGCUGGUCCUAUGGUGGCUAUGUAACUUCUUUGGCACUUGGAUCUGGCAGUGGAGUAUUUAAAUGUGGAAUGGCUGUGGCUCCUGUUUCCAGCUGGGAAUAUUACGCAUCAAUCUACACAGAACGAUUUAUGGGUCUUCCUAUAAAGUCCGAUAAUCUUGAGCACUAUAAGAAUUCAACUGUGAUGGCAAGAGCAAAGAAUUUCCAAAAUGUAGAGUAUCUUCUCAUCCAUGGAACAGCAGAUGAUAAUGUACAUUUUCAGAACUCAGCACAAAUUGCAAAAGCUCUGGUUAAUGCACAGGUGGAUUUCCAGGCAAUGUGGUAUACUGAUCAGAACCAUGGAAUUCCAGGCCUUUCCAGCAAACAUCUCUACACACAUAUGACCCACUUCCUCAAACAAUGCUUUUCUUUGUCAGAAUAAAUAGGCUACCCAGAGCAUGCUAAGGCAUCUGAGACAUCUUUGGGAGAAUGAAAAGACAGCAGUGCCCAAGUUGUAUAGUGUUCAGGUGAAUUGAUCACAGGACCUUUGAAACUUUAAACUUCAUGUUUACAUCCACUUUUGAUGUUGUAUAUUAGCAAAUGUUACGGUAACAAAUGUUUUGACGCAUUUGAUAUCUUUUGACAGAAAAAAUAAAAUCAGAAUGUAAAGGGU